AUGCCCAUAGGUGAUGCUGCACCCGACGGCAGGGCGUGCGACGAUUGCCUGGUGCUGAACUACUUGGCGAGCUUCCACAGCCCGUGCCACGUGGUCGAAAAAUUCUUUCUCAACCUCAGAAGACCACAUCAGUUCAAGAAACGUCUGGAGGAAUCCCAUAGCGCCGGGUAA